AUGGACCUCACUCCUUCCUCCCGCUUCCGCCACCGGAAAUCCCCCUCCUCCGAGCGCUUCCUUCUCUCCUUCUCUUCUCCCUCCCCCCGCCCUUCUAACCCUACCUCCGCCAACGCCCUCGACGACGACAACAACAGCGAGCUCAACGAGGACGACGUCUUCUGGACUGGCGAUUUCGCCGCCGAUUCUACCCACCAUACCCACUCCACUCCCUCCUCCUCCUCCUCCUCCACUCCUCGCCACCAUAUUCAUCACCUCCAGCAUCACAAGGCCUUCCCCCAGUCUGAGACCUUCGGUAUUCUCGCUGCCCUCCCUGAGAACGAGGCCUCCUCCAGCCUUCGGAACUCCUCGUAUUUCUACCAUAAGGCCUCCGUGUCCUCCUCCUCUUCCUCUUCCCCUUCCUCUUCUCGGAUGAUUCCGACUAUCCCUAAACCUCCUCUUGAGCGGUUGCCCUUGCCGAUUUCUUCCUCGUUGAAGUACCAGUCCGCUCCGGUCAAUGUGCCAAUGAUGUCCAAGGCGGCGGUUCAGAGACACCAAGAGAUAGAUGUGGAUGAUGUUGAUGAAAGUGAUGGGGAGAUGUUGCCGCCUCAUGAAAUUGUCGCCAGAAGUUUGGCUCAAUCGCCAUUGUUGUCUUGCUCGGUACUCGAGGGUGCGGGAAGGACGUUAAAGGGCAGGGAUCUUCGCCAGGUUCGAAAUGCUGUUUGGAGACGAACAGGUUUUCUUGAUUAG